AUGCAUCGAGCAUCUUGAACCUCUCCUCAACGAUAAGAGAAAAUCCCAAAUCCACUCACAUUGCCCAUUCAUUUCAAUCUUCGUUCUUCCCGUCCACAUCCUCCCAACUCUUUUACUUCUUCUUUUUUUAACAUUUAGCCCACACAUCUCCUCUCCCUCUCCAAACACUCAUUACUCUCUCCUUCCUUCCCUCCCUCUCUCUCAAACGGACCGCUAGUGAUGGCCUCUGCUGCAGCACCCACUACCUUUUCCCUUCUUAAAACCACAGCUUCUUCCUCCUCCACUAUCCGAGCUCGCGCUUCCCUUCUUCCAGUUUCCUCCACUGGCCUCCGCUCCACCGGGCUUCGCCGCCUCGGCUUUUCUGCUGCUGACCCAGUUUUUGGUCAUCAUGUUGCUUCAAAAAUUCAUUCAUUUGGGUCCGGUAAGGCCUCGAGGGCAGUGGUAUCCAUGGCGAAGAAGAGCGUGGGAGACCUGACGGCUGCGGAUUUGAAGGGGAAGAAGGUAUUUGUGAGGGCUGAUCUGAAUGUGCCUUUGGAUGACAACCAGAAAAUCACUGAUGACACUAGAGUUAGAGCUGCAAUCCCCACGAUUAAGCAUUUGAUUCAAAAUGGAGCUAAAGUCAUUCUUUCUAGUCAUUUGGGACGCCCAAAAGGUGUUACUCCAAAGUUCAGCUUGGCGCCUCUCGUACCCCGUUUAUCAGAACUCCUCGGGAUUCAGGUUGUGAAGGCUGAUGAUUGCAUAGGCCCAGAAGUAGAAAAAUUGUUGGCUUCACUUCCUGAAGGUGGUGUUCUUCUCCUUGAGAAUGUGAGGUUUUACAAGGAGGAAGAAAAGAAUGAACCUGAAUUUGCAAAGAAGCUUGCUUCUUUAGCAGAUCUCUAUGUUAAUGAUGCAUUUGGGACUGCACAUAGAGCACAUGCCUCAACUGAAGGAGUCACAAAAUUCUUAAAACCAUCUGUUGCUGGGUUUCUCUUGCAGAAGGAGCUGGACUACCUUGUUGGGGCAGUUUCAAACCCAAAGAGGCCUUUUGCUGCCAUUGUAGGUGGUUCAAAGGUCUCAUCCAAGAUUGGAGUUAUUGAAUCGCUCCUUGAGAAGUGUGAUAUCUUGCUUUUGGGUGGAGGAAUGAUAUUCACAUUUUACAAGGCACAAGGUCUCUCGGUGGGCUCAUCCUUGGUUGAGGAAGAUAAGCUUGAGUUGGCAACAUCGCUCCUUGAAAAGGCCAAGUCAAAAGGAGUUUCUCUUUUGUUACCCACUGAUGUAAUAAUUGCAGACAAAUUUGCCCCUGAUGCAAACAGUAAGGUUGUGCCUGCAUCAGCCAUUCCUGACGGCUGGAUGGGAUUGGAUAUUGGACCAGAAUCUGUUAAGACAUUUAAUGAUGCUUUGGAAACUACCAAAACUGUCAUCUGGAAUGGACCAAUGGGAGUGUUUGAAUUUGACAAGUUUGCAGUUGGAACAGAGGCUAUUGCAAAAAAGCUAGCAGAGCUUAGUGGCAAGGGAGUCACAACAAUUAUUGGAGGUGGAGAUUCUGUUGCAGCUGUAGAAAAAGUAGGAGUUGCUGAUGUUAUGAGCCACAUAUCAACUGGUGGUGGUGCCAGUUUGGAGUUGUUGGAAGGCAAAGAGCUUCCAGGUGUUCUUGCUCUUGAUGAAGCCACCCCAGUUGCUGUGUAAGAUUAAUAUAUUAUUUCCCUCCUCGUCCUUGAGUCUGUGCCUUUAUGAGAAAGGGUUAUUGUAGAGAGAUACGAGUUCAUGUUGUAAAUUUUUCUUUGUUUUGUCAUGCUAAAUUGUGGAAGUAGACAGCAAGGAUGAGCAAAGAGAGGCAUCCAAGUUUUUAAAUAAAUGGUUCAUUUUUAUCAA